AAUACGAUGAACUGCCAUGUGUAGUGUUUUAUUGCGAAGAAUUAUUCGUUUCUGUGGAGGAAAAUCUACACAAGCAGUUUUCACUUCUAGUACUGGCAUCAGUCAAUAUACCGCUCAACACAACCGCUUGGACAAAAUGAUAACUGAGGAGGAAGUGUCGAAAUUUUUGUUGCAAAAUGCGAAUUUCUUGGAAGAAUUCAUUAUGGAAAAUAUAGAGGUGGAACAACUAGAACGUUGGAUAAUUCGGAAAUCAAAAAAAGGAAACAAAAUCCCAGAAACUACGUACCCAGAAAGAAAGACGAGCUUAUCUAAAUGGAAAUUUUGUGUCCACGCUGAUAAGAGACAAAUGUUGAAGAAUCUUACGCAUAGUUUACAAGUGAAACCGAAUCAAGAUCACGUGUUGUGGGAAUUGGCCAAUUGUAUUUCAGCUGCCGUGAAAGCUGAUGGAUUCAGGCUAUAUUUGGUGGAUAAAGUGAAUCCAGAACAAUUACAUCUAUAUUUGGGUAUAGAUAGAAAAGAUCUGACCUCAAAAUUAAAGCUAACGAAAAGUGGUGUCACUAUUCCCACACAUGUAGCCCGUACACAGCAAUCCAUUCGAUUUUCGAAAGGAAGAAAUGACUGUAGAUUUCCAGCUGAUGUUAUGAAAGAGUUACAGAGUAAUGUGGGUCACAUUCAUUGUCAGCCUAUAAAACAAUCCGAUGGGAAAAUGCUGGCGGUGCUGGAGAUGUGGCGACAUGAGACCAGCAACCCAUUUUAUGAGGAGGAUGAAGAAAUCGCUUGUAGUUACUUAGUUUGGGGGGGAAUCGCCCUACAUUAUGCACAACUCUACAUUAACAUGAAUCAACAGAGAGAAUUAAAUGAUUUCCUUCUAGUAGUCGUCAAGUCAAUUUUUCAAAACAUGGUCAGCAUAGACAGCCUGGUGAUAAAAAUAAUGAAUUUUGCCCAACGACUUGUGGACGCUGACAGAGCAUCUUUAUUUCUUGUGGAUUCGAAAAGUAAAGAAUUGUAUGCGACAGUGUUUGAUGUAGGUGUGGGUGAAGAGACGUUAGCCGAAAUUCGUUCAUUGGCAAGCGAAGAGGAAGUAUCAAUACAACCUUCGAAAGAAAUUCGGUUUCCAUUAGGAACAGGAAUCGCUGGACAGGUUGCGAUGAACGGACAAGUUCUCAAUAUAAAAGACGCUUACGCUGAUCCGAGAUUCAACAGAGCUGUAGAUCAACUCACAGGAUAUAAAACCCACACUAUUUUAUGUAUGCCCAUUUUUAUUCGUGGGUCUAUAAUUGGAGUCGUACAAAUGGUGAACAAGCAUAAAGGAUAUUUCACCAAAAAUGAUGAAGAAGCUUUUGAAACAUUUGCUGUUUAUUGCGGCUUAGCUUUACAUCAUGCAAAACUAUAUGACAAAAUUCGUAAAUCACAACAGAAAUAUAAAGUAGCUUUGGACGUGUUGAGUUAUCAUAACACUUGUACAGAAGAGGAAUACAAAGCUGCCCUUCAAGUUGGAAUGCCUAAAAAUAUAAUGGGAAUUGACAACUAUUACUUCAAUACUUUCGACUUGAAAGAUAUAGAAAAGACACAACAAGCAAUGUUUAUGUUCAAUGAUUUAUUUGGAGAGGGUUCAUUUGACCAAAGCUGCUUGUUAAAGUUCAUUUUGACCGUUAGAAAAAAUUACCGAAGAGUACCUUAUCAUAAUUGGACCCACGGUUUUUCUGUUGCUAACAGUAUUUAUUGUAUACUCAAACAUUCGCCUGAAGUGUUUAAAAAAAAUGAAGCUUUGGCUCUGUAUGUAGGAGCACUGUGCCACGAUUUAGAUCACAGAGGAAAGAACAAUAAAUUUAUGUUGGAGACAGAAUCUCCACUGGCAGCUAUUUAUUCCACAUCCACGAUGGAACAUCACCACUUCAAUCAAACUGUUAUGAUUCUUCAGCAAGAAGGUCACAACAUUUUCAGCAAACUAUUGAACGAAGACUAUAAGCAAGUUUUAAGUUAUUUGAAGCAUUGCAUUCUUGCAACUGAUUUAGCUUUGUUCUUCACAAACAAAACCAAACUAGGAAAUUUGGUCAAGACAGGAGAAUUCUCUUGGGACAACGGUGAACAUAGGCGAUUAAUUCAGGCGAUAGCAAUGACUAGUAGCGAUCUAAGUGCUAGCGCAAAACCUUGGGAAAUUCAAGUCAAAACUGUUCAGGUAAUUGUCGAGGAAUUUUAUGAACAAGGAGAUGCAGAAAGAAAAGCUGGAAGGAUUCCUAUACCGAUGAUGGAUAGACAUCAACCGGAUGAACAGCCAGCAAGUCAAGUUGGAUUUCUAAUGGGAAUUUGUUUACCUUGUUACAGUCUACUGUCCACUCUGAUUCCAGAGACUAAGGCAAUGUUGGAAAUGUGUGAAAAAAAUCUUGAAAAAUGGAAGAAAAUCGACGCCAACAUCAAGAAUUCGAAAAAAGACUUGCAAUCAUGUGAAGCAAGACAAUAGCUGGAAAAGAAUUGCAGGGAUGGGGUUUGAUUUUGUGGAACAGAAGAAACCAAAACUGAUUUAGUAAAAAAUAAAUAAAUUAUGUUACUUGUAACAUCAAACAAA